GGCCUUGUUUAAUAACACCAAGAGGAGGGCGGAUGCUUUCACUCGGUUUUCAUUCAGUCGCUCUUCGGGCAGUAAAAAGGAAGUUUUCGAGUCUAUAAUUGUUUUUCUUUUUUAAAUCUAAGUGUUUGAGCUUUGCUUCGCCUCUACAACUGGUCCUGCGAGUGUGUCCUCAGGGUGAUGUCAGCUUCCUGCCUUGUGCGCCUGGCCAGGUGCAGUGGUUCUAACGCCAGCCGCAGCGGUCUGUUGCAAAAGGCUUUCGAGCCGCACCCCUUUCAGCUUGAUAGCCACAAAACAAAGUUCCCACUCCUCUUCAGACAACUUCAUGGGCCUUCGGGGAGGCGCUACAGCAACACCCGCUUUGAUCCAGACAGCAGUGGCCGCCUUACAACCUGGGAUUCCUUUGGCAUUUGGGAUGAUCGUAUUGACGAGCCCAUCAUGCUCCCCCCUAGCAUUCGCUAUGGGAAGCCCAUUCCCAAAGUUAGCUUGUCUAGGGUAGGGUGUGCUUCCUUGAUUGGUCAGCGCAAGGAGAAUGAGGACCGGUUCCAAGUCUCCCAAAUGACUGAAAACGUUCUGUAUUUUGCUGUGUUUGACGGGCACGGCGGAGCAGAAGCAGCUGACUUCUGUGAAAAGUACAUGGAGAAAUUCAUCAAGGACAUGUUGGCAGAAGAAGAGAAUCUGGAAUUGGUUUUAACAAAAGCCUUCCUGGAAGUAGACAAAGCGUUUGCAAGGCACUUGCACUUCUGUCCAAAUGGGCCGGGAAUGAACGCGGGAACCACCGCCACCGUGGCCCUGCUGAGGGACGGCAUCGAGCUGGUGGUCGCCAGCGUGGGGGACAGCCGCGCCAUGAUGUGCCGCAAAGGCAAGGCCCUUAAACUGACUGUGGACCACACCCCCGAGAGGAAGGACGAGAAGGAGAGGAUAAAGAAAAGCGGCGGGUUCAUCACCUGGAACAGUCUCGGACAGCCGAACGUCAACGGCAGGUUGGCGAUGACCCGCAGCAUCGGAGACUUUGACCUGAAGAAGUUCGGAGUCGUUUCUGAGCCAGAGACCAAAAGAGUAACGCUGCAUCAUGUGCACGACUCCUUCCUGGCUCUGACCACCGAUGGCAUCAACUUCAUCAUGAACAGCCAGGAGAUCUGCAACGUCAUCAACCAGUGUCACGACCCCAAGGAGGCAGCUCAGAGGAUAUCUGACCAGGCUCUUCAUUACGGUACGGAGGACAACAGCACGAUCAUCGUGGUUCCUUUUGGUGCCUGGGGAAAACACAAGAGUUCGGACGUCAGCUUCUCCUUCAGCAGGAGCUUCGUGUCCAGCGGCCGCUGGGCGUAGCCUGCGGCCCCCAGGAGCCCCCAGGAACCCCCAGGAGCCCCCCGCCAACAUGUGCAAUACAGGCCGCGGCCCUCCAGCCUCUACACAGAACAGUUCAUCCUGACAGUGAUGCCUAAUAGGUUUGACCCGUUGUUUAGAGCAGCCUGCUGUGCAGCUUCUGUGAAGAACGGGGCUGUAAACUCAUGACGGGCACUAGAUGAAAUAAUCCCUUGUUAUAUAAGGUUUUGUACACAAGUAACGCAGCAAUGUUGUGGUGCUAAAAGCGAAGAGAUGUCUGAACGGCAAGUCGAAAUAAGCUAGGCAGGUCUGCUCUAGUUUCUGAGAAAAACCAAAUGACGUUUUAAUUAUGAUGGAAACCGACUUAAAGAGGUUUCUUCUAUAUUUUGCCUGAUUUUUGAGGAUUUUAUCUUAUGCUUUUAGAGCGCAUCUCAAAGUUAAAUGACUAUCAUUCCCAGUAAAAGGUGGGAAGAUCCAGCUCUCAACAUUUGGCACUUGAUAAUCAGUGCAAUAAAUUCAAACUACCGCGUAAACACGCGAAGGGACAGAUAUGGUAACGAUGUAACAUCUGCGUAAAUCACAUCCAUCGCACAUCUCAGCGUCGCGUUUUCAGAGAGAAUUUAAACAAAGACUUAACCGGCUUGUUUCAGUCCGGACUGAUGUUAACAUACACAGAACAUUUUAUCAUUUAAAUAAAAGCCAAACUUCAACCUUCACACUAUUCUACCGUCUAGUUUAAUUAAACAGGAGUGGCUAAUGAUGCCUAACUUGUAGUAAUGAGCAAAACAUUUUAUAAUUUGACCGUCGCCAC